UCUGAGCUCAUGUUGUCAGGCAAGAGCAGCUAGCCAUUCAUGUUCAGUUGUCUAACGCCGUUUUUAGCCUAAAUAGGUAUUAACUUAUAUAAAUAACACAGCGUGGUACAACAGAAAUUCAGUCUGUAAAGUCUAAUAAUACAACAUGGCUGAAAAGAAGAAGCGAACGCCUAACGUACAAAAUGACAGUUGGGUUGUCAUAGCUGCAGACUCUGUCAUCGACACACAGAAGCAUGACAGUGACCCAGCUUUUGUGAGACUGAGGAAUCCCUCCACAGAUGCAGCAUCUCUGUAUAUGCUGGGAAGUGGUGAUGUGCAACUUUAUGAGGUCAAAGCAUUUGAAGAAGAUUUCCACUCCUGGUUUGUUGGACAGACUGUACAGAGAGAUGGGAGGCUUCUCUUUGUCACACCAAUGGAUCCUCUCUAUCUUAUUUUGCCUUAUUUGAUUAAAUCUGGCAAAGAGGGGAAGUUCCAACCUGUGGAUCAAGUGAUGAUGGAUGAAGAGUUCCCAGCUUGCUCAAGGCUGCUGAGCUGCACACGUUCACUGGCCUCCAUGCACCACAUUGCUGAGGAAAAAGAGGUGGGAAGCCUGAAGUUUCAUCGAUACAGUCAAGAGAAGACGAUGGAUUGGUUAAAGAAAAAGGUGGAGAGGACAGUCACUGCCCUCAAGAAGAGAAAUAUCUCUGUGGGAGAAGGAGUGAAAUCCUCAACAUACGUCAGAGUGAAGUCAGAGUCAGACGCAAAUGAAGAGGACUACCUACGCUAUGCCCAUGGUCUGAUAUCAGAGUAUAUCAGCGAAGACCUGAGCAAAGCUCUCCUCAAACACUUGCAGUUACCAGAGCUCACAAGCCCAAAGGAGACAGAGCCACCUACUAAGAAGCGGAAACUUUCAGACAAUCCGGUGGAAGCUGGAGAGGACUACACCAAAUUCAACAGUGCAGACUUUGCGCGGAAACCACCCAAGAAGAUGACUGCUGCUCAGAAAAGUCUGGCUAAAGUGGACAAGACUGGCAUGAAGCCUAUGUCAUCCUUCUUCAGCCCCAAGGUCAAAGCAGAAAAGAAAUGAAUGUUGUACAGUUUAUGGUUUUGUAUACUACACCUUUGUAAUAAAGAAAAGAAAAUGACAA